UAUCUUUGCCUCCAUCUCCUCUUGACAUAACUACUUUCCUAAAAUACAUUUUGUUUCCGUUUCUUUAAUUUCCUUACAAAUAAGGACAGAUUCUUUGCCUUCACAAACUUCCUUCGCUGGCCAUUCAUUUUCUUUCCUUUUCUUUUCCUUUCCUCUCAUGAAAUCAAGAAUCCUCUCACAAUUUCUCAUUUUUACACUUCUUUUUUCCAUUCUUGAAUUCUUUUCCUUCCAAGAUUUUGUCAAACCUUUUACAGAGAUCUAAUUCACCUUUCUUUUUCUCUUUUGGGUUUCUUCUAACUCAAGCCAACUACUUAAAACGAAUCAAAAAUAUUUUUUACAAAAUUUAAGAAGAUGGGGUUAAUGAAGUCGAAGCAAAAUAAGCGUUCUAAUUCUAUUACUAAUACUGCUGAUACUAUAAAUGCUGAGAAUUUGGAAGUUAGACCAGGAGGAAUGUUAGUGCAAAGAAGGGAUUCUAAUUCCAAUAUUCACAAUUCAUUUCCAAUUCCCACUAUUAAACUUAAAGUCAAAUAUGGUCAUUUAACUCACCAAAUCUUUAUUAGUUCUCAAGCAAGUUUUGGGGAACUCAAGAAAAUGCUGGUAGAAGUUACAGGAGUUCACCAUUGGGAUCAAAAACUGAUAUACAAGAAGAAAGAAAGGGAUUCCAGAGAAUUUCUUGAUGUUUCAGGGGUUAAAGAUGGGUCUAAGAUCAAAUUAAUUGAAGAUGUUACGAACCGGGAAAGGCGGUUACUUGAAUUGCGAAAAACUGAUAAGAUUACCAAGGCUACUAAUUCAUUGCAGAAAAUUACUUCAGAAGUUGAUAGUCUUGGCGCCAAGGUAGUGGCAUUGGAAGCAACAAAUUGUAGAGAUGGGAAAGCUAUAGAUAGUUUGAUAGAAAUGUUGAUGGGUCAGUUAAAUGAAUUAGAUGGAAUUGUUGCUGAUGGAGACUUGAAGUUACAGACAACAUUGCAGAUAAGAAGAGUCCAGAAGUAUAUUGAAUCUCUUGACAAGUUGAAGUUACAAAAUUUAAUGGAUUAUGAUUCACCUGAGAAAAUGGCAACAUCAUCAGAGCAGAAGCAAAUGCCAGUGCAGCAGCAAGUUUUGAAGCAUUCUGAUUCAACUGUGAUCACAACAGAUUGGGAAACUUUUGAUUAAGUCCUUAUGAUCAGUUCAAUCUAUUCAUUUCGUUCUUGUAUUGGAUUCUAUGUAGCAUCGAAAUAGAAAUGCUGAAACGGAAAUAGGAAAACGCGAAACAAUUCGUAAAUGAAGUUUUCGGGAUUGCAGAGGUAUAUUUGUAAAUGAAAACGAAACGCUGGAACGUAGAAUUUGAGAAGUUCUAAAUUCUUCUUUUUCUUUACUUUUCUCCUUUAGGCAAUGUUCUUAAAAGAUCAGUCCUGAAUUCCUGAUCUCAUGAGUCAUAAUGCAAAUGUGCAACUACCUUUUUUUUUAAUUUCUGGUUUGCAAAUUGUAUAUAAUGUACAGCAGAUGAUGGAUAAAAUCAUAAAACAGGGGUGGACUUUUUUGUUUA